GGCUGGGUGACACUGGGUGUCACUUCCUAAAUUUAACAAAAAUUUGAAGCAGCUAAGCAUCCGUUUGUUGUUUUACGAACGCAAAGCGGCACCAAGGAGAGUCACUGAUCCCCUUGCGAGCUUCUGGAUUAACCUAAAAGGAUCCUUUACCUCAUCGGUCGUAGUGCUUUAUAGCGUGCAAGAUUCAGCUUGUCAGAAUAACAGAAGUUUUUUAAGAUGGCAGACGCAAUGAGACAAACUAUUGUUGAAAUGUUGAAGGGAAUUGAAAGAUACAAUCCUGACAAUUUGGCAACUCUCGAAAAGUAUGUAGAGAUCCAAUCGAGGGAAAACGCUUAUGACCUGGAAGCAAAUCUGGCAGUAUUGAAGCUGUACCAGUUAGAUCCGCAACGUUUCAACCAAGAUGUAACUUGCCAGAUAUUGCUUAAGGCAUUGACCAAUUUCCCACACACUGAUUUCGUUCUUUGCAAAUGUCUGCUAACAGAAAAAAUUAUGCAAGAGGAGCCGAUCAACCAGAUUAUGUACCUAGGAGAUAUUCUAGAGCAAUGUGAUUUCCAACACUUUUGGGAUAGAGUAUUAUCCAUGCCAGAAUUGUGCAACAGGAUAGUUGGAUUCCAAGACUCAAUCCGGAAAUUUGUUUGUCAUGUGGUAGGAAUCACCUUCCAAACUAUAGACAAAGCCCUGCUGGCACAACUGCUUGGUGGAGUUGACGACUCAACUCUGAAACAUUGGGUGAAGAAAUAUGGAUGGAAGGAAGAGUCAAAGAAUGUCAUUUUCAUUGCAAAUCAAGAUGAAAAUAUCAAGACCAAAAAUAUUACUGAAAAAAUUGAUUUUGAAAAUGUCGCUGGACUCAUGGCAGCAUGCCUAUAAGAAAUCACAUGAAUAAUAUCUGUAAUAAAUUUGGUAUAAAGCAAAAA